AUGGCUGCAGUCGUCGGCGCAUCGCGACCGGAGAUCCCGGAGGCCGCGAAGCAGAGCGGUCUCGCGUGGGUGCAGGCGUUGCGCCGAUACGUCGAGGAGGACAACAGCAGAAGCACCGCCGCAAGCGCAGCUGCCGACCGCGGAGGACUCGCGGGAAUUAAGGGGCGCGGAGGAAGAAGUUCCCCCCACGCGGGCGGUUCCGACAAGCUGACGGGGAGGAAUAGCCUGGGAAUUGGCGGAAGGCCUGGUGCGCGCGGGGGAGGUAUGGAGGCUGCGCUAGCGUCUGCGAGUGCCGCAGCGACGGAAGCGGCUGCGGGACCUGCUAGCGGGCCAGACGGCGCGGAACAUAACUUAGAGGACGAGGUGUUGCGGCAUCUGCGGCACAUCAUGGAAGCGCGAAGGCUACAGCAGCCCGCCGCUCCCGCCGACCCUAUCCCUGUGUUCUUCAAGCAGAAGCCCUCACCGGACAGCAUUCCCUCGCGAAUUCAGAAGGCUGCGAAGCUCAAGUUCCUGCAGCGGCAGAAAGAGUCGCUGCUGGAUCAGAGCGAGCUGGAGAUGCUCUGGAUGUGCCUGCGGGAGAACCGCACGCUACCUGACGAGGACUCGGGCACUGAGCGGAUCAACUACGACGACUUCACGCAGGUGGCGGCGGUGUGCGCGGAGCGCGUGGGCAGCAAGUGCCAGCGGUUCUUCACGGCCGCCACGUUCCUCACCUUCGAGGCGGACGACUCGGGGCGCAUCGCCAUCCUGCCCUUCUACCUCUACGUCAUGCGCUGGGUGUCCAUUACUCAGACGCGCAUUGACAUGUCCAUGUUGGACCAUGACGGGGAUGGGUACCUCAAGCCAUCCGAGAUGGAGGCGUACAUCCGAGGGCUGGUGCCGUCGCUGAAGCUGCUCAAGGGCAUGGAGCCCGAGUUCCUCGACACCUACUGCCGCAUCUCCACGCGCAAGUUCCUCUUCUUCUGCGACCCACAAAAGAGAGGCAAGCUGUUGAUUCGCGAGGUGCUACUGUCACCCGUGCUAUCUGAACUCAUGGAACUGAGACAGGAUGCGGAGGGCGAGGACCAACUGGCUGCGCUGCAGGAGAACUGGUUUGCACUGUCAUCCGCCAAGAGAAUACAUCAGAUGUUCAUGGCUCUGGACGUGGACCGCAGUGGCGGGCUGUCCAAAGAGGAGUUGAGGGCGUUCAACGAUGACAACCUCACUGAUAUCUUCAUUGAACGAGUGUUUGACGAGCACGUGCGCAAGGCGAGGGGCCACGGGGGCGUGCGGGGGGAGAUGGACUUGGGGUCGUUUCUGGACGUGGUGUUGGCGCUGGACAACAAGCACACGCCCGAGGGCCUCGCCUACAUCUUCAAGUGCCUCGACCUGCACGAGCGCGGCUUUCUUACUACGGCUGAUGUCUACACGCUCUUCAGGUCGGUGCACAAGCGGUGGAUGGAGGGAGGCAACUACGAGCUGAUGAUCGAGGAUGUGAAGGAUGAGAUCUGGGACAUGGUGAAGCCGCAGGACCCCCUGAGAAUCACCCUGGAGGACCUGGUAGACUGCAAGCAGGGCGAGACAGUGUGCAACAUGCUGAUUGACAUUGGCGGUUUCUGGGCGCACGACAACCGGGAGAAUCUCGCAGCUCAGCAGGACCCCGAGCCGCCGUAA